GGUGGGCUGCUGCCAGGGUGGGGAAUGUGGCAGUCGUCCCACCAACCCCAGGCCGCGGGAGGGCUCCGGGUCCCCUCCUACUGGACCUGGCCACCUGGAAAAAGACCACCCAGCUCCCCGCUCCACCCCCCGCCUGCAGAAAUGGACUCAAAACCCGGUCCGGGGCCUGCAGCGCUGGCCUGGAUUCUCUGUGCAGCCUGCAGAGGCUGAGCCUCCUUCCUGUACAGGGCCCCUCCGGGGGCAUCAAUAACAAGCUGUCCCUCAAUUUCUGGUCCAGCCAGUGUCCCCGAAUAAGGACCCUUGGGCGCCCUAGGAAACCAGGGUGGGCAGGCGAGUGUGGACAGGCUUCAUUCACGUCGAUAUAUGGUCCCCCUGGGGCUUUGAAAGCACGUGCAGUACAUUUCUAUUUGGGUGUUUCGCAAGUGUAUUGUGCCGGGAAUUCGUUUUAUGAAGACUUCGGUAGCUUUUGUCAGCCAUGACCUCACUUCGUCGGGAGCUACUGGAAAUGGAAAUGGAGGGGAUUGAGAUCCUAUCUUUGAAAUAUACUGAUGCCCUUCCAAAGAGCACAUCUGUUGUUUGCUUGGCACUUGAUGCGGUCUCUAAUAAUUUUCCCGUUUGGCAAAAAGCAACCUUCCCUCCCCCUGCAGGAAGUUUCACAAGUUCGAGAUAAAAGCUCAAAGGACUUGCCAUUUGGAAUUUAUACAUUAAAUAGAGCAAAUAUGGAAGCUAGAAUGAAGCACAUCAACUUGUCAUUUGCAGCCUGUGGGUUUCUGGGUAUUUACCACUUGGGGGCAGCAUCUGCCUUUUGCAGACAUGGCAAGAAGCUGCUGAAGGAUGUCAAGGCCUUUGCUGGGGCUUCCGCCGGAUCCUUGGUUGCUUCUGUCUUGCUAACAGCGCCAGAAAAAAUAGAGCUUCAAGUUACUAUGACAAAAUGCCUGAAGGAGUUAACUUGGGAAGAGAAAAAUGUUUGUUUGGCUCUGACGUUGGAGGGUCCAGUCCCAGCACAGACGGAACCAUGGCUUUGGUGCUCUGAUUGGAAUGUCAGAGGGCAAUGGUGGGGGCCUGUGGUGGAAAUCAUAAACCAAGUGUGGACAUCCAAUAACAAGGCCACAUGUAGGAAAUAAGAGAAGAGCUCCUUCUGAGCCGGAUGUGAGGAUCUUGUCCCAGGACAGAGACUCAAGUAAUCCUGCGUGAGUGACAUGUUCCCCCACCGGGAACCUGCAUGAACCUGCAGAGCAGCAGAACAAAGAUGCGCAUCCAUCACUUCAUUGACUGAAUCCCUUGGUGGGGGCUUUAGGAGUGUAACCAGUUUACCUAUCAGCUGGCUGAAGAAACGAGAAACCAGUCUUUCGGGGCAGUGACGCCAGGUUACGACUUUAUGGCCCGACUGAGAAGCGGCAUGGAGUCCAUUCUCCCUCCCGACGCCCACGAGCUGGCCCACCGUCGGCUGCAUGUGUCUGUCACCAACACCAAGAGCAGACAGAAUUACUUGGUCUCACGGUUUCCCUCCAGGGAAGACCUCAUUCAGGUUCUCUUAGCCAGCAGUUUCGUGCCCAUCUAUGCAGGACUGAGGCCAGUGGAAUACCAAGGGCAGAGCUGGGUGGACGGAGGCCUGACCAACAGCCUCCCCAUCCUGCCUGGGGGACGGACAGUGACCCUCUCCCCGUUCUGCGGACGGCAGGACAUCUCCCCGCGAGACAAAGGGCAACUCAGUCUGUACAUCAAGGUCACCAAUCAGGACGUCAUGCUGUCCCCGGCCAACCUCGUGAGACUCAGCCAAGCCCUCUUCCCGCCAAACAGAAGGAAAAUGGAAUCCCUGUAUCGGAGUGGUUUUGAUGACGCCGUGAAGUUCCUACUCAAAGAAGGCUGGUUCCAGUGAAGUGCCGUCCACGCGACGAGGCAGAACAGGUUUCAGGGACCCGUGACCGCCCCCUCCACGGGAUCGAACUACACCGGAGCUUCAGUGGACGCAGUGCUACCGAGCACCCAGGACCGAGCAAGCCCGGGAGACUGGCCAGAAUGAAAAUCCCAGGUAACCCCGCACGGUGCCAUUUCUAAAUCACGGCCCGUGGGUGCUCGCGUCCCGCCGUCCUGUCACUUUGAGGGCCAAUUUGCUUACGCCUUCUUCAAUCUUCAAUCUGUUUUUACGGGGUUUCGCCAAGCAUGAACUCUUAAUUACUAAGAGGCAGUUAGAAACAAACCAAUUUAAUUGCAUGGAUUUAAUUGUCCUCUUUUUACCCCAUGAAACCAUUCUUUAAAUCAAUUUUAUGGUUCUCAAAAGCCCCAAAUACACAAUUUUUACACGUAAACACCAAUUAUUGCCUCUUUUCUUAGGAGUUCUGCAGAGACCCGGUCUAGAGUAAUGGUGGUCCUCAGGGCAUGUGUUUUAUCUAUGCCAGCAAACGCGGUUAAAUCUCAACAAGUCGCUUUAUUAAGUGACAGGAAGAAUGGAUUCUCAGUUCAUUCUUGCACCCCUUGAUUCACCAGGUAGAUUUUCAGCUUGGCCCAAGAUUUUUCACCUUACAUGCAAAUUACAUGCAAAUAUUCUAUGGGUACAAUCUUUCCACAACUCCUUUCUUGAUGCAAAAAUAACUCUUGCUCGCUUGGAUUGUUCUUGAAGAUUUCAUUGUAAGCACUGCUGUGUCCUUGACCAUGUGGGUGGAUGGUCCUUUCCUUAAAAUAAACAAUCUUGUAAGAUCAUUGACAGAUGAAUCUGCAGCGACUCUCUCAGGCAGCAUCCUGCAAAGUAGUGGAGCGCAGGAUCUGUGCACCCGGACAUUCCUUAAAGGUGAUGCACCAAGUCCUCAGGGGAGGCAAGCCACAGAGCACGCUCCGUCAGCCUUCACUGGAGUGUGUCCCCUUGCAUCUAGACUAAGAGAAAACAGCCAUCUCCCACAGGAUCCGCCGGUUGGGAUCAAAAUUUUGCAGCAUGCUCGAACUGGUAGAUAGAAACUCAGAAGAGAUUUUUCUAACCCAAAUACAGACAUGUUUGCAGGGUAAUUACUGGGACAGGCUGCUUGGUGAGUCCUCUGUUUCCUAUCAAGGCAAUUUCCUAAUAUCUUUGGACCUGUCAUUUAAAUUUAAUUGUUCUUCCUUUUCUUCUUUUCAAGAACGCUCUUUGUAACUAUGGGAACCCACGGCCUCCAUCGACAAUUAGGGAAAAUGCAUUUGGUCUUGAAGUCCAGUGAUGCUCUGGAGGAGCAAGCAGUGUACUAAACAAAGCAAGCCAAGCGUCUGUUGGUUCCCGUUUCCCAGAUCAGGUCAGUGAUGCAAAGUCCCAGGCAGCUUGCAAAGAAACUCGCAGCUCUUGGCAUCGAAGUAUCCUUCCAAACAAGCACGAGCCCUCAAAACUUACAGAUUUCAUUUGCUCUGCUGAUUUCUUUUUCCUAAUGAUCAAAACAAAUGAAUUCCAUUAUAGAAAAACUCCCCCUUUAUGUUUAUCAGGACUGAUCCUAGAAAGUUCUUUGGAUUCCAUCUGUUACUCCUACAGCUGGGGAACUAGUAAUUACCAGAAGUUCAGUGUGUCGAGGAUUUUCUUGCUUGAGCUGUAGCUGCAGGAUAGCAAAACAAAACUCAGAGCAGAAGUAAUGAUCUGCCUAACUCAAGGUAGGAGGAGAAGCAAGGACAGGGGUUCAGGAACCAUGGCCGUCUGUCGUCCCCACGGUGAUGAUUAUUUGGGGGCUGACAGUUGUCUUGGGAUGAAUGAAACAUGUAACCGGUCAGCUCUGUUCUCAACUUUGCCUCAGCUCAGACCUCAUUCAAGUUUGGCCAUCUGUUCCAAUCAUGUCUUUUCUGACAAAAGCAUGCCGGCCAAUGUGACAUGUUGCACAUGAGUAUCUUUUGUCUCUUGUCUGUUCAGCCUGGACCAUGUUGUCACUCUUCUCGUCUUCAUAGUGCAGGAAAUUUGGAGAUUAAAAAUCCGUUCAUCUCUUUGGGCCGCCAUCUUGAAAAGCAAGUGUCUUAAAACAGCAGAAAAUUAUUCUGGAUGUUUGGGAGCCAGAAGUCCAAAAAGUCAAGACCUCAGCAGGGCUCGUACCUUCAGGAGACUCUGAAGGAAGAUCUCACCUUGGUCUCUCUCCCAAAUGAUGGUGGUCGCCUACGAUCCAUAGCAUCCCGUAGCUCCAAGUAGCCUCCAUCCAACCUCUGUGUCCAUUUUCACAAAAGCAUGUUUUCUGUGUGUAUAUCUGUGUUCUGUCUUGCUCUUAGACGGACACCAGUCAUGCAAUGUAGGGCUGACCCUAAAUCUAGAAGGGUCUCCUCUUGAGAUCCUUAUUCCAUCUGCAAAGGCCUAUUUCCAAAGGACGCCCCACUCCGAAAUGUUCAACUAGGGCACAGGGGCACUCUUUAAAUCACCACGGUGACAUGAGAGUGUUUCCCAGUUUGGGUGUAUCUGAAGUUUUCUCUGGAUUUGAUUCAGACCAAGCAUCUCUGGCAGAGGAUUACCCAUGCUUAGGGAUGCCUGCCACACUCCUUUCCUUUGUAACAAGCAUCUCAUGGAGAGAGAUUUUCAGAUCAUAUAAAAAUCUUGCUCCUCAUCAAGCCCUCACAAAGAUGGUGUUUAUUUCUGUGGCCCCAUGGUUCCCAGUUCAUUUGAUGGGUUAUAGUCUGUUAUAAUCUAUCCCCACUUAUAGUGAUACUCACAUCGUCCCGAUGCUAAUCGUUGGGAACCUAUUCUGCUGACUCUUGUUGGCAGGUCCCCAAUGUUAAGCUCUUUCUUACUUUCAGCAACAAAAUAUCCCAGGCUCCUCUUGUUCUUCCUUACCCCAUCCUUGAAAUCAGCCUUUUCUCCAAACAGCGCUGCUUCUCUCCAGUGGAAAUGGUUUUAUAUUUAUGGUAUCUAAAUUUAUUAGACAAAUAACCGUGUUAAUGGUGCGUUGCUGCUACCAGGCCAUCUUGGUGGACAGAGCUAGAAGAUUUAUAUGCAUGUAUGUGUGGAAGCUUGCAAGUACCAACCAUUAUCUACAUAUCUACCUAUCAUCUAAGAAUCAUUAUCUUUUAUCUACCUAUUGUUACUUGGCAUUAUCUAUGUAUCCUUCCAUCCAUUCAUCCAUCCAUCCUUCCAUCAGUCCAUUUAUCCAUCAGUCCAUCCAUCCUCCCCUCCAUCCAUCUAUCCUUUCAUUUAUCUAUCUUUCCAUCAGUCCAUUUAUCCAUCAGUCCAUCCAUCCUCCCCUCCAUCCAUCUAUCCUUUCAUUCAUCUAUCUUUCCAUCAAUCCAUCCAUUCUUGCAUCCAUCCAUCCAUCCAUCCACCUUCUAUGAAAACCCGUGAGUUCCAGCAGACAUGUCCAGUUCCAUGGCUCAUUCUAGUUUUGUCCUUUUCUGUUCUUAGAACUCCUUCCUCUGGCACUAAGAAUUCUGUCUUUGGUUAUGUUUAAUACAUUUAUUCUUCAACCAGUGCCCCUCGCCCCUCAUGUCCCCUGACACCAUCUCUACCACCAAGCCCUCCCCUGGGGGCCCCGUGAUCUCUCAGCUGCACUUGGACUGCCCAGGCUGGAUUGCUUUCCUCAGUGGGUAUUCUUUGAAAGCUUACUUGUCUUUUCUGUGUCCUCCUAAUAAUUAAUUUUUACAUCUUUGGUUGGGUUUUCAAUUGGACUGUGAUUCCUCUACACUUGCAGACAUUUCUCAAUAUUUCCUCCAUCCUGCAUCAUAUCUGUAUCACACUUAUUCUUGGGUUGCUUCAUUCACAUACUUCUUUUGAACUAAGUUCUUUUUUCCUAAAAUACAUUUUUUGGUGCAUAGAAAUGCUGCUGGUAGUUGUGUACUGCUCACACUGCUCAAUUCUGUCUCCAGUCGUAAUUAACAGAUUCUCCCGGGCAGUCCGUCUAGGCUAUCAUAAGGACUGUGAUUGCAAGAGCUCUGUUUGCUUGUUUGCAACAAUUAAUUAGUGCUUCCCUCCACCCUGUCUUUCAGGGUCAUACGGAUGCAGCAGUUCAAUCAUUAUUGUCUUGUUUCUGUUUUAAAGGAAGCUCUUGCAUUAAGGAAGUUUCUUACUUAAAAUAAAGGUUUACUUUCAGCUAAAUAACUUUUAUCAAGUUAACAGGCUUAUCCUUUUCCCAGUUUAUUUAGAAGUAUUGUUUCUCCAGGAUCUUUUAUUUUUUUUUAAACUUGUUCUUUUUAGAUAUGCGUGACAGUAGAAUGUAUUUGGACAUCUUAUACACACAUGGCAUAGAACUGAUUCUAAUUAGGAUCCCAUUCUUGUGAUUGUACAUGAUGUGUUGUUUCAAUGGUCAUGUGAUGGGUUUAAAAUGAAUGAAAGAUACACCUUGCAUUUUAUGCAGCAUUAUCUGCAUUUUAUGCAUUAUUAUUUGCAUUGUAUACAUAUUUGUGCAUGUAUACAUUAUUCUGUAAAUGCAAUGGAUCACAUAGAAAUAUUGUAUAUGUACAUAUAUAAUGUGUAUUAUUUACAAUGUAUAGCAUCCAUAUGUAUAUUCCAUAUAUGUUUUGUUAUAGUUUAGAUAGGAGGUAUUCCCCGCACGACUCAAAUGUGAGACAGUGCAAGAAUGUUCAGAGGUGAAAUGAUUAGGCUCUAAGAAUUUAACUUAAUAGUGAAUUAAUUCACUGAUAUGGACUAACUGGGUGGUGACUGUAGGCAGGUAGGGUGUGGCUGGAGGAGCUGGGUCACUGGGCACCUGCCUUUGGGGUUGAUAUCUGGUC